GCAUGAAUGGGGUUAUUACAUUUCCUCCCCGUUAUAAAAAUUUCGUCCCCGAAAUUGAGAAACUGGGUGCAUAAGAAGUUCAUGAUUCUUCACUUUUAUUACCGAUCAUAUCUUAUUACCGCCAACAAAUCAUAAUCAAAUUAUGAUCCACAUAGCAGCUCCAAGAAGCAGGCACUAGAAGUUAUUCGCGAGCUUCAAAAGCAAUUCCCCAUCAAGAGAGCGCCAAUGAGAAUACGUCUGACUGUUCCUGAAAACACUUCUUCUUCACUUGUUGAAAAGCUGAAUGCUUGGGAAGCUACCAUAACUGCAAGGGAUUCUUCUGGAAGUCAGCUGUCUUUUGUUUGUGAAAUCGAGCCAGGUUUCUUCCGAGACUGUGACAUCUUGGUCAGGAAUCUUCAAGGCCGAAUGGAAAUUCUAGCAGUGUCCGUUCAUUUCGAGGGGGACACACAUGUGGACGACAUUGCCGAUCAUGUAGACCUGCAACCAUCCCUCCCCACCAAGGGCUCCGCCGACCCCAUUGCUCAACUCUCUGAAAAAAUUCAGAAACAGACCAUCUCCUCCGCAGCACCGAAGAAAGUCGAGGCAAAGCAGAAUCAGUGCAGCACGUGCAGUGCAGUCGUGGGGGAUGCUAAGGAGUACAGGGAACACUUCAAGAGCGACUGGCACAAACAUAACUUGAAGCGGAAGACACGUAAUCUGCCACCUCUCACAGCAGAUGAGUGCUCUGCUGAUGUGAACUUGGGUGACUCUAAAUCUGAUUUGAAAGAUUACUCGUUUUGAGUUUGUAGUAGUUGGGAAAUAUUUGUUCUGUUUUUGUAACCCGAGAGGCUUCUUAUAUUGAUAGGACUGAGCUGGGUACAGUCGCCUGUGUAUUAGCCAUUAGCUUAUUACGUCUGUCCCGUGUCACUGCACAGAACAAGAAAGAACCUCAAAGUCGGCUAUGAGUUUGCAGAACAACCCAUGUUUGGUGGUUGACAAAACUCAAAAGCUAUUGGAAGAAUCAAGUUUGUAGGUGGAAUCCUCAUGGCCGGCAGGUGGGUCGGCAGGCCCUUCGGCACAGGGCCUCUAUAUCUUCAUCGUGUAUAUUAGUAUAUGACUAAUUAUUAUUACGGAUUAUUGGUUUCGAUCAUGAAUGGAAAUUUUAUAAAUUGAGUUUUGAUUA